GCGCGAGAUCUGUUCAGAUACAAGUUACAGCGUGGAUCUGACAGAGCCAAAGUAUUAGCCAGGAACUUUAUAGCAUCAAACGGAAUGAUCCAUAUCGUUAACAAUCUUCUCACAUUGGAUCCAGAGAUAUCAGGCGAUAAAAUGAAAACAGCUAUGGAUCUCAUUCGGCUGGAAGGAGCCUACAACAGAUUUCAGUCUUUGAUUAUGUCUGCAGGUCUGACAGAUGUUUUCACGCAACCUAACAUCACAGUGUUUGCACCUGAGAAUGGAGCCUGGGAUGCCUUAUCUCCGGAAACUCUAGACUACUUGAUAAAUGAUGAUGAAGGUAAAGAGAAACUAAAAGUCAUACUGAAGAACCACGUAUUUCCAGGUGUGUUUGGUGUAACUCACCUAAUCAACACUCCGUUCAUAAAAUCUCUGGCCAACAUUGAAGUCAAAAUCUCCGUCUCGAAGUUGGGCCAGAUUUUGCUUGAGGGUAAAGUCGGUGUGUCGCAGGUGAAUAUCCCCUGCAGCACUGGCUUCUACCACCACAUCGAGAGCAUCAUUGUGCCACCCUUCUAUGAUCCGAUCUUACCUAACAUGUGCCCAGAGGUCCUGAUGAAAGAAAUUAAG